UUUGCGGUAUUUUAAACAAGUGCGCGACAUCGCUCUGCGUUCCACUGCUGUCAUCCAAAUAACGGCGAAGUGCGAGUGGAAAGAUAAUAACGAAUUUUUACCUUUGUUGAACCAUAUUUAUUAACAUUAUACAUGAAGGCUUUUCACAACACUCAACUGGUAUCGCUGUUCCUCCAUAUUUAACCGUUUUACCUGGCAUAGUGGUGGCAGGCUAACAGUCACAUUGAUAAUGAAGUGCUUGAGAACAGAGGAGUACGUCCAGCAGUUAUCUUGUGUAAAGGACACUGUAGUUGUUUUCGACGAGCUGAAGAAACAUGUGGAUGAUGGCUUUGGUCCAUAUGGCCGCACGAUGUGUGAUCGUAUUAUCCGAGCUUGUAACCAGCGGCUGGGCACUGGGACUCUGGACCCUGCCCAUCAGGAGAAGAUAGUGGAGUUGGUGGAACUGGCCGUCCAAGGUUUUGAAUUGCUGGAGGAGUCAGGAAUGCAGAGCAACCCAUUUUAUCUUGAAAAAAUAGUGUUCCACAUCCUACAGAAAGUCACCGGCGUUGGAGCUCACGAUCCUGCAUGUCGAUUGGGCCAACUUAUGUAUAGAAGACUAAAGCGUUUGUCUGCAGAGCAGAUGGAUGAUUUCCAUGUUCUAGUGCGGAAUUGCUUCGCAGUGCUGUGGAAUAGUCUCCUGUCUAACAGAGCGAGUUCCACCCUCCUUCCACGAGACAGACUUCACUGUCAGCUGCAAGCUUUAACUUUUAAACUCUUAGAACAGGGGUCUAGCUCGGCCUCUUUUCCAUCUAAAGUUCCUCUGUUCGUAGAAGAAGCAGUAAUUGAAUACGAACGAUCUUGUGGUGGUUUUACUCAUGAUGAUGUGAGUUAUCUGACCUCUGAAUUACGAGAACUCUUUUCCGGUGCUUCAGUCAUUCUGCAAGAUUCUGCACUGACAUGUCUCUCGCAAGCCGUGCAGUGUGAGGCGGUGUUUAAGGUUUGUAAACUGCUCUGCAAGAGUCGGUUUUCAGCCGAGGCUGAUGGACUAUUGCAUGGUGCUCUGGAGGGAGUGGAUGGUCGACUGGGUCUGCGUUCAGCUUUAAGCCUCGCAAAUCAUGCAGUGCAGCUGCAGAGUGUGUUAAGCUUGGGAGGCGAAUGCAGUAAAGCUUUCACUGAAUGUGCACGUUCCCUCAGGAGCCUGCCCCGUUCCAUGUCAGCCACGGAGACCCAUGCCCUAUUAGAGGCUUGUCAGCUGGUGGUUUGGGCAAUGGAAGCUGGUCAGUGUAAAGAGAUGGACAUAACUGUCUUGCUGGCUUGCUUUUCAUUUUUGGAAGAAUAUCAGGAAUUUCUGCUUACACAGCAAAAGGUCUCAUUUUCGCAGCAGGUUCAGUACUCGCUUUGUUUCAGUUUUUACCAGAGCUUCAUUAGCACAUACGAUAGUCUUCAUGCAUCUCAGGUGUCUGCGGGCGAUGCUCUGGACAGAGUGCUGUUGUACUGCCAGGCAACGGCAGGACGGAUGCUUACUGAACUGCGAACACUCAACAAUGACAACUUCCUGCUGAAAGCAGUCUGUGCGGUGAAUAAUGUGGUGUAUGAGCUGUUUAACAGGAAGCUGUAUGAGGGAGCCUUUGGUCUUGCUGUGAUUGUGUGUCAGGAGCUGUAUAAGGACUGCCCACCCUCUCUUCCUGUCGAUAGGGUCAACCGCUGUUUCAUGCUGACAGUGCAGUGUAGUCGACGUCGGGGUCAGCUUGAGCAUGCUCUAGACUGGAUUGUACGCUGGAUUCAGGUUUUGCGCACACAGAUUUUGGAAAAUUUCUCAGAACCUGUCUCACUGUGGGUCAAAACCAAGUGUGAUGCUGCCCGAGCAGGAGACGAUGAUACGCGUCUAAGGACUCUGAGGGAUGGGUUUGGCGAAGCAGCAGUGGAUGAGGAGGUGAUGUUGUGUUUGUUAGAAGAGGAAUUGCGUUUGUAUAAAGAACAGAUUGGAGACACAGCCCAGGAGCGCUACAACACACUCUGUGACCUCUUGGAUAUCUGCCAUGAAGAAACCCCACACACACUGAGACGGGCAACAUAUCUGUGUGAGAUGGCACAGGUUGUGUGCUAUCAGGACUUCAGCCAACAGACUGACUGCUCAGCAGUUGAUUUCACCCAUGAGGCACUGAGGUUGCUGGAAUCGGAGCCACAGACUGCAGAGAAUGCUGAUAGGCUUAUGGAUGAGAAGGCACGUGCCUCCCUGUGGCUCUACAUUUGUACUCUUGAGACCAAUCUGCAGGAGGCUGUGGACACAGAGAAGAGACUGCGUGCAGUGCAGGAGGAGAAUAAAACAGAGAUGAACAUGGAUCCUGUUCCCACUAAUGAUCUGGAGUAUGAGGAGAAACAGAAAUUACAAGAGAGCCAGUUAGUCUAUGAUGGACUACGCUUCAAUCUACUAGCUCAAAACAAGCUAAGUGAGCCUUUGGACAGAUGUUUGUCUCUUUGGCGAAGUCUGCUCAAGCGGUCUGUGCCUGCAGUUAGAGACCCUAAACUCACUGCUUCUUCCAUGAUAUUGAUGUCUACCCUCUACACUCUUAUAGGCAAACACCUGCAAGCUUUGGAGGGUUAUCAGCUCGCUGCUGCCCUUUUCCGUAGCCUCGGCGAUGCCCAGAAUAGUGCAAAUGCGUUUUGCCAAUCUGCCAGGAUUUUGCUGUAUCUCGGCUCUUCUCAGCUCGCACAGGUGGAAUUAGAAAAAGCAGAAAAGAGUUUGACAUCUGUCCCGAGCUCUGAAGGCACAACUGUUAUAUCCAUGCUUGCCGCACUGCAGAAAGCACAGAUACACUAUGCUUUAGGACAGGUGGAGCAUGGUGUGUGCUGCCUGAUGGAGGUAAUAAAGGAGUCUGCUCAGCAUCAUUCUAAGAGCUGGUACCUGCUCAGGGCACGAGCACUGCAGACAGCUAGUGAAUACUUGAGUCUGGACACACAGACUUUGGACUCACAGCUACGUCAGAGCAUCACUCAGCAUGGUCUGAAGACUCCAGACACGGCUCAAUAUGAAGGGUUAAAGCUUUUGUGCAGCCUGGUGAUGAUGUUGCUGGGCAAUGGGUUUUAUGGAGCCCCUGGACCAAACACAGACACGCGCUUUGUAGAUCAAGGAGACAGUGUUGUAUUUAAGUGGCUCUUGCUGAAUGAGGUGCUAUUGUGCUCCGAAAGGAUGGUGAUUGUGAGGAGCAGCAGUGGGGCUGUGCAUGAAGCUAAAGCUCAGUGUUUAGAGGCUCUCAAACUGGCCACCAAACUGCAGACACUUAGUCACUGUGCUGAACUGUUGGUGUUGAAAGCAGAACUGGAGUUGAUGAAGGGAGCAAAUGAAGCUAGUAGUUUGGAUCUGGAGCAAGUUAGAAAUUUACUUGACCUCUGCACAGAUUUUGGUCAAGGACGGCAACAGAAAUCUGAGGUUAAAAUAAAACCACGCAAAGGUCGACCAGCUGCCCCUUCUUCCUCUAGCCACACUCCUGAGGAAGAUGAUGAUUUGAGUGGAAUCCUCAGCUCUCGUGCACUUCUCAAGGAGCCUGUAGAGACCAUGUCUCGAUUAGGAAGCCAAGGAGCAUCUCCCCCACUGAAGCCCAAACGCCAGCAUGUGCUUUCAUGUCUGACCCAUGCAGACACCUGCUCCUGUCCCUGCUGCAGUGAGCUCAGUGUGGCUCGAGUCAGUAUCCACUGGGCACUAUUACAGGCAGACCUGCAGACAGACCCUGAGAGUUCCCGCCGACUACGCCAAUCUGCCAGGAAACAUUGCCGAAGCGUUGCAGCUAAACUCCAAAACAAUUUGGCAGCACUCAUGUCCUCUAAAAAAUCAGCUCGACUAAGUCUGUCACUGCUGAAGGUGGAACAAGGCAAAGUUCAUUUGGGUGCUGUGCUUCAGCUCCUUAAAACAGGAGACAAAGGGAAGGCUACAGUGCUGUGGGAGGAAAUAGAGGCAGGAUUAGAAGCAGUGACACCCAAAGGGGCACUGACGCCUGAGCUUGGGCCCAUCAGAGCUGCUCUGCUGGGGGCUAAAGCUGUGGCCUGCUGUUUGGCAUUGGCCAUGAAGAAGCAGUGUACACCUGAAGAACUGUUUUCUUCUGUAUGGGGUUGGAACCCACCAAAGAUUAAAACGCAAUUAAAACUCAAAACUGAAUCAAAGCAUCGAUCCAAGAGCCUUGUUUCUGACACUAAUCUUCCAGAGACUGGUGCAAAACACCACCCUGACAUAAAGAGUGCAUCUGCAGAGCAGGAAAGCAGGAAAACCAAAGAGCCCUCUGUAGUUCCUAAGAAACCUAAGGACUUGGUGCCCAAAAUUACUUUCACAAAAUCUGCCAUGGUUUUCAAAACGCCCAAAGCAACAAGGACAUCCCGGCCCAAAUCUGUUUCCACUAGCUCUGGCAUUGGUGACUUAAAGGCUUUUGAUUUCACUAAUGAGGUCCCUGAAAUUUCUGUCAACUUUACACCCUCAUUACCCCCAACUGCCAGCCAUCAUGGGAAUGCAAAAUCAAAAAUUGGACCAAAGGGAUCGUUCGAAGUUUACAAAGAUUCUUCUCCAGCAGAAGAGAAAUCUGUGAUUGUUCCAGCUGCACCUAAACGAACCAAACGCUCUCGCUUCAAGGUGGAGUUCAGUGAUGAAAGUGACACUGAAGCUGCUCCUCCUGCUGUAGUGGAAAAGACUGAAAAAAAGAGGAAGGCCUCCAACUCCAAAACAUCUCGCACCCUGAAACCAGCCCUGAACUCCAUUCCUAGUGAUGUCAAAGUUGUGAACCCCACUGUAGAACUAGAACCUUCCCGACGCACAAGGACCACUAAGAAAAGCACAGCCCUCUCCUCUAUAAGCUACCUGUCUUCUGAGGAAGAAACUGGCUUAUCCUCCCAGACACGUACACGUCGAGGACGACCAAAGAAAAGUCAAAGUUCAGAGGCCACAGAGGAAGCUGAGAGGAUGAGGAUGAUUAAAGAGUAUGAUGAGGUUCUUUUGGAUAUCAGCCUGGAGGAGCUUAGAGGGUCUGACACAGAGAUAAAUGAUACAGGCAGCCCAGAUGCUGAUUGUGAGGUCUUGAGGAGAGAUCUGGCUGCAGAUGUUGGACGAGAGUGUUUCAGUGAACUUAGAAGAAAUGGACAGAAUGGCUCUGGAUCUCACACAUCCCUGCCACCUGCAUCUACACCUCUAGCUGACCUAUCAGUAGAGGCGGUGCAGUCAUACCUGCGUUCCUCGUGGCUCCUCCUCCACCAUUUCCCACCUCCUUCUCUUUUUCCCCACAUCUGCUCACUGCUCGCUCAGUCUCUCGGCCAGACGGAUUCCAUCACUACUGCAAUGCUACAUGCUCAGUCACUGGGUGUGUCCACUCGCCACCAUAUGACCCGUCAUGUGGUUAGCCAGUUCAGGAAGCUAAAGAAGUCGUGUAAUGAUGUAGCAGAAGGUCUUGGUGCAAUGAGUCUGGAGGAAACAUCUGGGGCAACACAGUCUAGGAAACUUUCUGUGCUGGAGCAGAUCUUUUCCUUCACCUCCUCACACCCAACACAGUUCCCUCAAACACAGUGUCAGCAGUUCACACAGCAGCUGAAAGACCUUCCAGCAGGAGUAACAGUGUGCAUGCUGUCGCUCACGGGAGUGUAUCCUGAUGAAAUUGGCAGCACUGUUCUUCUGACUCGCCUGGAGCGUGGCUCUACCCCAAUCACUGUUCGAAUCCCUACUGCAAACAGAAAGCUCUCCGUGGCUGCGCUGUUGGAAGAAAUGGAUGGAGUGUUAAAGGGGCAAAAGGAAGUGAGCAUGGUGGCUGAGAAAUCGCAGUGGUGGGAAGGAAGAAAGACUUUGGAUGCUCGUGUGGAGAAAAUGUUAGAAGAGAUGGAAGAGGCUUUAGGGGUAUGGCGAACUCUACUCCUGCCUAUGACCUCUGACCCUGAGCUUGAAGUUCAGGUGAAGUGUUUCCAAAAGGCAAUGAAAGGAACAAAGAUAACACAGGACAUUCUUAAGGUGAUUCUCUCAGCAUCUCCACUCCUGUCCCUGCCAGACCUGCAAUGCCUUGUUGAGGGGAUGGAUCAGCAGGACAAAGACUUCCUGAAGCUUCUGCAGGGUGGUGUGACUAAACUUGGAGGAAGGGAGGAGCCAAAGGGACAUACAGUUCUCAUCUUAGACAAGUUCUUGCAGAGGUUGCCGUGGGAGAACAUAGCUUGUUUGAAAUCUCGUUCUGUCACUCGCAUGCCCUCAUUACAUGCAGUGCUUGGACACAGUCAUCUGAAAGAGAUGGAUUCAAGUUGUGUUCUGUCCUGUGGCGUGAACCCCAAGAAAGUUUACUAUGUGCUAAACCCAGACGGAAAUCUGCCUGACACCGAGAAUCGCUUUAAAGAAUGGUUUACUGGUGAGCGAGCGUGGCAGGGGGUUUGUGGAACUGCUCCAGAUCCAGAUAAACUACAAGAGGCUGUGAAUACCAAAGACCUCUACAUUUAUAUAGGACAUGGUGCAGGUGCCCGCUUUCUGGAUGCUCAGAGGAUUUUGAAAGGGCCAGUACGGGCAGCAGCUCUUCUGUUCGGUUGCAGUAGUGCUGCUCUCAGUGUGCUUGGCUGCCAGGAAGGAACAGGAAUCAUUCUCAGCUACUUGACCGCAGGAUGCCCAUUGGUGCUCGGUAACCUGUGGGAUGUGACUGAUCGUGAUUUAGAUCGUUUCACAUCGGCUCUGCUCCAGUCCUGGCUCUCUGCUGGUUCUGGCUCCUCCCUUCUUCAGCAUUUAGCCCAAUCUCGUAAUGCAACACAUUUAAAACACAUAAUUGGUGCUGCGCCCAUUGCAUAUGGUUUGCCUGUGUAUAUUCGCUAGGCCGGAUUUUAAAUUUGAACUUUUAUUAAUCACAGUUAAUAUAGUGACUUUUUUAAUGUGUAAAUGCAGUUAAGGUAUAAUAUAACCAAUCUCAGGGCUUGUUUGCAAUGCAAAGAAUAAGCUCUGUGUAUAUGAAAAUGAAUUUAGAAAAUCUAGGACUAGAUGUAACAUCUGCCUAUGCCACAAGCUAAGUGUUUUGCCAAUUUAAAGUCCUCAUUUAAUUUCUGCCAUGUUGAUGUGUGGUUGGAGUUGCUGAUUGUUACCUUAAGAUAUUUUACGUCCCUUUUUAAGUUCUUGUCAUUUUUAUUUUAAGUUAUGUCAAAUUCCAAACUGCUUUAAAAUAAAGUGAUUUUAUAGCA